AUGGACCAAGGGGAGGGGCAGUGGGAUGCCCAACAGGGGGACAGAGGGGCGGAGAAGGAAGGGAAGGGGGAUGGUAACAGGGGGGCUAGUGGGCCUGAAGAAUGGCCUCUCUUGUCAGAGGAGGAGCCAGGGGAGGAGGCCCGUGAAGCCCAGAAGGACAAAAGCCACUUAGAGAUACUGAGGCAAUUUGACCUGGACUCGCAUUUUGGGCCCUGUACAGGUAUCACUCGACUCCAAAGAUGGGAACGAGCAGAGCUUCUGGGCCUGGAGCCUCCCCAGGAGGUGCUCAAGGUGCUUUGGGCCCACCCUGAAGAUGCCCAGUACCAGUGCAGCCUCUGGUACCUGUACCCCAUCUAAAGGAAGCCCUUCUGAAGUCCCGCCCAGUGCAUCCCCGCUGCUUUCCCGGGGCCUCUGGAAUGGAC